CCCGCCAUGGCCGCGUCCGUCCCUCAGUCUGGGACUCGGCUUUUCCGAACGUAUGCGGCGAGGGGAGUCCAGCGGUCGCAUCGACAGCCAGGCCGGCUGGCAGUGCAAUGGUUCCGGCCGCUGGACAAGAGGCGCGCCUUCAGCAGCAGCAGCAGCAGCCGCAGCGGCAGUGAGCUGUCGCCGCAGCCUGCUGCUUCCGACGACCCUGAGGACCCCGACUUCACUGUCAGCCCCGUGGGCCCGCGGCGCAGGCGUCCUCGAGGCCGCGUCUCCCAGGACCAGUGGACCCUUACGGUCACCCAGAGACUGCAGAGCCUGCGGCCUCGGCACCCCCAGAAGUGCAGCACCCCGUGCCGCCGGCUGCGACCGCUGCCAUCCUUUGCCAGCUGCAACCCGGGCUGCCUCGGCUCGGACCUCAGCCUGUGCAGCCAGUCCGAGGACAGCAGCGAGCUGGGCACAAGUGCCUCCUUGUUCAGCUCUCCGGCCUCGCCAGGAGCCCCCGACUCUCCGGAUGCAGAGGCUGCAGUCCCCAGCGGCUUCCACUUCCCGGCAGCCUCCCUGAAUGAAGCGUCUCUGCCCUGUCCGCAAGAAGCGGCAAAAGAUGAUGACGGGUUGACCAGGAUGGGCCCCCAAGCUGGAGUCGGCUUCAGGUCAUCUCUCUUUAGCCUCGUGGACUCAGAAAUCACAGAAGAUAAAGAGUCUGUGGACGAAUCGUGUCGCGGAAGACAGCAGGUGGGAAACAGACUAAAGGGUCCGAGGCAAGCGCGCGUGGGAAAGAGAAGGGCCACGGGCCAAAAGGUUGUGUCUCGAGGAACCGACCAGACGGACUAUGGGGAGGCCAGUGCUUGCAAAGACCUUCGUGUACCAGGGCAGAUCGGCAGGCCUAAGAGAACUGGGCCACUCCGGAAGAGCAAACAACAAGAAGCCGUGGGACUCUCUGCCCUGACCUACCACCACCAAUCUAAGAAGAAAAAGAAAGUUUCAGGCCCCUCCCCGGACUUGAAUUCUAACCAUAAGGCCUGUUCUUGGAGCAAAACGAGAGCCUCCUUUGGUUUCCACAAGAAGAAAGUUAUAACUAAUGUGUCGGAGGUAUGCAGCAUUGCCAGUUUUCCCUCUAGGUCCCUCCUGUCUGAAUAUUCACCCUCUCCUAUCAAGAACAAAGCAAACAGUACUGUUUCUUCUUGCCACUCCUCUUCUGUGUAUUUGCUAAGCCCCUUAAAGACCCUCCACGUCACAGACAAAAAGCCAUCUUAUGCUGAAAAGGUUUAUGGGGAGUGUAACCAGGAGGGGCCUAUCCCCUUUAGUGAGUGCCUUUCCACAGAAAAACUGGAACGCUGUGAGAAGAUUGGGGAAGGGGUGUUUGGAGAAGUGUUUCAGAUAAUCACUGACCAGACACCUGUAGCCCUAAAGAUCAUUGCUGUUGAAGGACCAGACUUAGUCAAUGGGUCCCAUCAAAAGACCUUUGAGGAGAUCCUGCCAGAGAUCAUCAUCUCCAAAGAGCUGAGCUUCUUGUCCGACGAGGUCUACAACCGCACGGAAGGCUUUAUUGAGCUGAACUCAGUGCACUGUGUCCAAGGGUCUUACCCUCCCUUGCUGCUCAAAGCCUGGGAUCACUACAACGCAAUCAGUAAGUCUGCUAACGACCGGCCCGACUUUUUCCAGGAAGACCAGCUCUUUAUUGUCCUGGAAUUUGAGUUUGGCGGGGUUGACUUAGAGCAAAUGAAAGCAAAGCUGCCCUCCGUGGCUACUGCAAAGAGCAUCCUACACCAGAUCACCGCAUCCCUCGCAGUGGCAGAAGCGUCGCUGCACUUUGAGCACCGAGACUUACACUGGGGGAAUGUGCUCUUAAAGAAAACCAGCCUCAAAGAGGUCCGCUACACCCUGAAUGGGAAAACAGGCACCAUUCCCACCCAUGGGCUACAAGUCAACAUCAUCGACUACACCCUGUCCCGCCUGGAGCGGGAUGGAAUUGUGGUUUUCUGUGACAUCUCCUCGGAAGAGGACCUCUUUACAGGUGAAGGUGACUACCAGUUUGAGAUCUACAGGCUCAUGAGGAAGGAGAACAAAAACUGCUGGGGUGAGUAUCACCCUUACAAUAAUGUGCUGUGGCUGCAUUACCUCACAGACAAGAUUCUGAAUCAGAUGAGCUUUAAGAAUAAAGGUCAGAGCGCAGCCAUGAGGCAGGUAAAAAGAAAACUGCAGCAUUUCUACAGGACCGUGCUGAGCUUCAGCUCUGCCACUGACCUGCUCUGCCAACACAGUCUGUUCAAAUAAAGCCGGGUACCCAGUGCUCACCUCGAGGGCGCUGUCAAGGGUUCACUGAGUAUACUUUUAAAGCCUCUGGUACUGUUUAAUCUCUGCCACUAGAGCAGGAUGGAGGUAAAUACUCAUCCUUACUCGCUGCCUGUCAGCUUUUUAAAAGAGAGUCUGUCUUGUUUUGAAAAGGUAACCAAAAUGUCUGUCAACACGAUUAAACUUGCUUUUAACAAAUGAAGUCCUUUUCCUGUGUACAGAGUGUACAAAUCUUAUGCUGCUGUUUUUGAGCUUUGAUACCUUAGGUAGGAUAAGCAACAAAAGAGUCAGAAAAGCCCAGCCCUCUGCUGUCAAGAGGAAGAGCAGAGAACAAGAAAGAGACUA